GACUGCGGCCUCAACAUGCGCCCGCAAGAGUUGGGGCAGGGUUCAGCCGGCGACUGGCCGGGACCCGGCGAUCCGGCAGCAGUCACCCCAGCUCCUCCGCCCGCAGCCAAUCCCGCUCCAGAGCCCUCCGCCGAGCCUGAACCCGCCCCUGUGCAGGUACCGGCGGCAGGACAGGCAGCAGGAUCCGGAUCCGCAACCGUCUCGGGACCCUCAGCGGGAGCUCGCCCCGCCUCCAAGGCUGGAUCGGAGGCAGGAGUGCAGCGCGCGUCCUCAUUCUCGGCAGUCUAGGGGAAUGCCCAGUCCGUGCCCGACAACUCGGACGCGCCGCGGACUCGCUUCAUAUUCCAAGGUACAUUUGGCCCCCGGGCCGCUGGCUUGGGGACUGGAAAGGCAGCGGGCAUCUGGAAGACGCCGGCUGCCUACAUCGGCCGGCGGCCUGGGGUGUCGGGCCCCGAGCGCGCCUCCUUUAUUCGGGAGCUGGAGGAAGUGCUGUGUCCUGACCUACACCCACCAGUCAAGAAAAUCACCCAAGAAGAUGUCAAAGUGAUGCUAAGUUUGCUAGAGGAGAGAGAGCGGGACCUGAACACGGCAGCUCGCAUUGGCCAGUCCCUGGUGAAACAGAACAGUGUUCUGACGGAGGAGAACAGCAAGCUGGAAGCCAUGCUGGGCUCGGCCAGGGAGGAGAUUUUACAUCUCAGACACCAGGUGAGCCUGCGGGAUGACCUCCUUCAGCUUUACUCAGACUCUGAUGAUGAAGAGGAGGAGGACGAGGAGGAUGAAGAAGAAGAGCGGGGUCAGCCUGGGGUGGGGGAGCCCUGGGUGGGCUGGGAACUGGGUCCCCCGAGCCCCUGCACCCCGACUCCCAUCACUCCCUCCCCUAGGACUCCUCUGACAGAGUCAGAGGCACACCACUGCCCGCAGCUGGAGGCCCUGCAGGAGCGGCUGCGGCUGCUGGAGGAGGAGAACGAGCAGCUGCGAGAGGAGGUCUCUCAACUCGAUGACCUUGAGGAGGAGGGACAGAUGUUCAUCCUGGGUUGUGUGGAGCAGUUUUCGGAGGCCAGCCAGCAGAUGGCCGAGCUGUCGGAGGUGCUGGCGCUCAGGAUGCAGAACUCUGAACAGCAGCAGAGGGAGGCUGCCCAGCUGCGGGCCCAGGUCACGAAGCUGCAGCAGUGCUGCCAGGCGUAUGGGGCUGAGGUUGAGAAGUUGCAGCAGCAGCUGGCUUCGGAGAAAGAAAUCCAGACGCAGCUCCAGGAUGAGGCUUCCCCGUCCCCUGGGGAGAGAGUGGGCAAGGCGUCUGGGCUGGGUGUGCCUGCAUCCCAGCAGAGCCUGGGGGCGGGUUCCCAGCUGCAGGACCUACGGGAGAAGUACUCUGAGUGUGGGAGCAUGCUGACUGAGGCCCAGGAGGAGGUGAAGACCCUCCGCCAGCAAGCCCCGGCGUCCACUGGCUCUGUCACCCACUACACGGACACUGUACCUCUGGAAGCACUUCCUGAUUUCCAGGAGACCCUGGCUGAGGAGCUCAGAACGUCUAUAAGGAGGAUUAUCUCAGACCCUGUGUUUUUUAUGGAAAGGAAUUAUGAAGUGACUCCAGAGGAGACCUCAGAUCUGGGCUAUGAGCUGCACUACAGUGAAGAUCGAGAGCGGGAGCAGGGGCUCGAGGCAGAGGAGGGGCUGAUCGGCGAGGAUUUCGCGCCUGCGGAGGAGCUGGUGCCUGAGGAGGAGCUGGGGGCCACAGAAGAGGCGCUACCAGCUGACGAGGGGGUGACGGAAGAGGCAGAGCUGGUGUCUGAGGAGGCUGAGGCCUGGGAAGAGGCGGAGCCCGAGCUGGAUGAGGCAACGCGGAUGAAUGUGGUCACGUCAGCCCUGGAUGCCAGCGGCUUGGGCCCCUCUUGCCUGGACAUGAAGUAUGUCCUCCAGCAACUGGCCAACUGGCAGGACGCCCAUUACAGGCAGCAGCUGCGGCAGAAGAUGCUCCAGAAAGGUGAGUGCUCCCGUGGGGGCCUCCCUUCGGCCAGCCGGACAAGCUGCAGAUCGUCAAGCCGAUGAAAGGUGAGGGUAGGUGAGCCCCCCAGACGCUCACUUACCCCAGCCCGGCCCCACCCGGCAUGCUGAUUUGCAUGGACUUUGCAUAUCAUUUACAUAGGCACCUCAGGUCCCCCUCAGUGGGAACUGUGGCCCCAAUGCUUAUUUACGUGGAGUGUGCAUAGGAUUCCAGAUCUUCACCCUUUUUGCUCCUGGGGCUGGGCUGGGGGUCAGGGCGCGGACUGUAGCCCCUCACUGCAUCUCAGCUUCCUGUCUCGGCCCGCCCCCUUCCCGUGUCCCCCCCACCCCCACCUCCCCCAUCCCCAAGGCUCCUCAACCCUGCAGCAGGGGCAGCAGCCAAAACAAACAUGGGGGGCAGGGUCGUGGAGCAGCAGCUGGGGGGCCGACCCAGGACUUUCGGAGGCUGGAGGAGGAAAGGGCCAAUCACCCUCCCAGGGCCUGGAAGGACAUUCCCAGGCCAUUAGGACAAAAGCCUCUGCCAGCAAGGGCCACAGUCGGACCAGUCCCCUGGGUGAGUCUGAAGGUGGGCUAGGGGCUCCUACAGGGUGAUGGGGGGCGGUUAAGGUCUCCUCUCCCCAGCUGGAAGCCCCAAAGGUUGGGGAGUAACACCUGCUGAGUACAGGCCUUGUGCUAGGCUGUGAGAGCCCUGCCUUGAGGAGUUCAUGGAGAUAUCAAAGAUGAUUUAGUGAUGCGAAUUAUCUUCUCUAAUCCUCACAGCCCUGUAGGUACGUAUUAUCCCCGUUUGGAGAGGAAACGGAGGUUCAGAGAGCAAAAUAAUUUGUUCAAGGCCACUGAACCCGUUUUCGUCACUGCUAUGCCGUAACGACUUCCCUGACCCAUCCCUCCCCUCUAACCCUGUCCUGGUGCCUUCUUGGCCUUCUGGGUGAGCUGUGAUGUUUAUAACCUGUUGGCAGCCUCACCAUUAUAUCUGAUCUGCCCUGACUCUGAUGGCUGUUUGGUCACUGCUGGGUGGCCUCAUCGGGGUCGCCAUGUAAGGUUGUGCAGGUUGUAAACUGAAUGGUGACCUCUAUGGCUGGACAGCCUGCAUAACUCUCAAUGGUGGCUGUCUCUUUCUGAUAUAGCUGACGAGGCGUACGUAGCCCCUGCCUGCUGCCCAGGCCAGACCUGUGGUCCUCAGGCCCCCAGUUCAUGUCCACCCACUUCUUUUCCAGGCUUUGCUGUUUCCCAGCAGCCUGCUGAGGCCCCAUAGACAGCCUGAGGCCCCUCCUUCUGCUGCCUGGCCAAGCCCCACCCUCCCCAGACCUCCCUUCCCUUGCUCAGAAACCGGACCCCCGAUCUGUCACCAGCCCACCCGCUGUCCUGAUGAACCUGGGCCGGAACUUGAGGGCCCAAGCCUUGACCCUCUUCUGGGACAGGCUGAAGGAACCCCGGCCCUCGUUCUGCGCUGGUGCAAAAGCUGUGGCUGCUGGGCCUGGAUCACUUGGUGGCCCCAGGGGCGUAAGAAGCUCAGGGGGCGUAAGAAGCCCAGGGGGAGGCCCACCAGCUACCAGACUCGGCUCUGAGCUGGGGCAGGGCUCAGGCCCGGGGUGUAGGAAGUUGUUUUGAGCACCUUGGUCACUACAUGCCCCUCACCCCUUGACCCCCAAUCAAAGGUGGCUUCCCAGUCCUUGGUGACUUUUAGGGACCUGGUCGUCUUUCCCGGUUCUUAGCUCUUUCUUCUCAGUCCCUAAUUGCUGUGUGUAACCAGAAGCAUCUGUCUGUGUGGGCGAGGACUCCCUCUGCCCGGGAUGGGGGUGCAGGGCUCCCUCCCCUCCCCUGCCCUCCCCACCUCCCCACCUGUGGCCUGUGAGUGUCCAGGCUCCCUCCCAAGGCCCUGUCACUCCCCACCACAUCCUCUCCUCAGUGCCCCUUGUUUCCUUGUUCUAGAUGUUUCGCCCUUUCCCACCCUUUACUCAUAAACACCUGGAGUUGGGGGCUCAGGCCCCCGUUGGUAUCUGCCCACCUCCCCACAGUGCUUCUCAUGCUUCUGUUGCUUGUCAGACCGUGUACGUGCCGGUGAAGGAAAUAAAAGACCUGUGCGCUACCUGG